AUGAACGAGGCAAUUAAGGACGUUGAGUCCCACGAAGAAUCGAUUGCCGAUACGGACAGUUUCGUGAAGGAUCGCAUCGACUUUAAAAAUUGGUUCUACGAGCUAAAAACAUUUCUCAUUGAUCCAACAUUUUUCAAAGGUGGCUCAGUUGACUUGGUGUUGGGAGCUGAAGCCUUUUUCGACUUUUUCAUAACUGGUCGUAAAAUCCGAUUAGGGGAUACCUUACCUUCAUUGGUGGAUUCGGUGUUUGGCUGGGUUGUUACGGGCAAAUGUUUGGUGGAUAGUCCUAUUAAGUCUGUAACUUGCGACAUCGCAAUCAGUAAUAAGCUAGAUACUUUACUGGAAAGGUUUUGGGAAACUGAGGACAUCGGUCAAGAUCACAAUCACUCUCCCGAGGAAGCUAGGUGCAUGGAAUAUUUUACACAAACUAUACACGAUCGAUACACGGUGUCCUAUCCGAGGAAUAGUGAGGUGCUAUCCCAGCUUGGUGAUUCAAAAGCUAUAGCAGAGCGGAGAUUCAUGCAGUUGGAGAGACGUUUAGAACGAGAUCAAAAUCUGCAAGAGCAAUGUGCAGCCUUCAUGAGCGAAUAUGAAUCCAUGGGCCACAUGCAUUUGAUACCCGAUGAACACAAUGCGAACGUUAAGCGAUGCUACCUCCCACGUCACCCAGUGGUGAAGGAAGACAGCACAACUACUAAGGUGCGGGUGGUGUUUGACGCCUCCGCAAAAACAUCUACCAAUAUUUCUUUGAACGACAGUUUGCUGGUAGGCCCUGUUAUUCAGGAAGAUUUGCGCUCAAUUAUACUUCAGAGUCGUACACGUCAGAUUAUGGUGGUCGCCGACAUCGAAAAGAUGUUUCGGCAAAUCGAAAUUCGCCCCGAGGAACGGCGGCUUCAGCGCAUUUUGUGGCGUCCCUCACCUAACGUUCCAAUUUCUAAAUACGAACUAGCGACUGUUACGUAUGGCACGAAGCCGGCACCAUUUUUGGCAACCAGGGUACCUAUGCAGUUGGCUCAGAUGAGCAGCAUCGAUUCCCACUGGCCUCGAAAUCAGUUAAGGAAGAUUGUUAUAUGGACGAUGUGA